UCCGGUUGCUAAGCUAAUGCCUGACAGACGAAGGUAGAUGCAGUGUUUAAUAGCAUUACGUGGGGAUAUUCCUACAUUUGCAUUGUGGCUUUGUGUAGUUGUGCUAUUGCAGGCGGCUCCUCGUGAACGUGUUGUGAUGUGCAUGUCGACAACCACCACGGGUCGGCGACGUGAUUUCUAAGAUGACGCUGACAUUGUUGGUUAACUUCGCUAGCUGUUAGCAUUGCUGCGGAUGUCAUUUGGAAACGUUUUGACACCUGAGGCAACCCAUCUCUAGCUCGUCAUUCUUGUUAAAUGUACCAUCAUCUGGACUGUUGUUGGCCAAACGCUUCAUGCAUAAUUUAGUGCUGAGGAUUACAUGACAUGUUAUUCUUCCAUCAGUCAACGCUUCUCCAAGGAGACCAGACUAGCCUCCUUGUGAGUGGCAGCUUUCCUUUGAGCAUUGGAGGGUCUCAGUGAAGGCUGAAGGAUGGUCUGAUGGACCGCCGCUUCUUCCUGACCUUCCUCUUCUGCUCAGUGUCUUGGAUCUUCUUCUGGGAAGUGCGCUGGAAGAAAGGGAAAGAAAGUCAGAUUGAGGAAUGGCUCCAAGGACAUAGCCUCUCUCAAUACAGGCACUUAUUUGAAGAUGUAAAGACUCUGGAGGAGCUGAGCCUGAGUGUACUGAGUCGUCUGGAAGAGGUGGUGAAGGAACAGCAGCGCUGGAGGGAAAUCGCAGAGGCCCACAUCCAGCUGCUGCGAGACUUUGCCUUCCAGGAGUGGCUUUGCUCCCAGAACUUGGAGCACUAUUACCAUACGCUGAAGACUUUGGGUUGUCUGAAUCUGGAUGACCUGUCUCGCUUUGACAGUCAACUGCAGCUGUCGCUAGCUGCCUGGGGCUACUACUACGAAGACUACAUCAGGCUAUCCACGGGCAUCAAGAUCCUCCAGGCGUCCAGGGGGAGUCGGGACCAGGAUUACGAGAUCCGGCUGGUGCACAGUCUUGCUGAGAGGCGUCUGAAUGAGAAGUGGACACUUGCUGGAGCUCUUAUAUUUGGCUGUAGUGUGGCACUGUGCUUCUUGAUAAGGGACCUCAUGUUUUACGUGAUUGGUGGAAUUACUGUUUCCAUCAUAGCAUUUGUCUUUACCAUCAAGUUCCUCUGUGAGCUUGCAGCGAGAGUUGUUAGCUUCCUGCAGAAUGAGGAUCCAGGGCGACGCGGGGACCGCAGCAUCUACGACUAUGUCCGGGGAAACUACCUGGACCCACGCUCCUGCAAGGUGUCCUGGGAUUGGAAGGAGCCGCAGGAAGUGGGGCAGACGAUGAGCUUCAGGGUCCAGCUGUUCUAUAAAAAUGGCCAACCUUUCCCAGCCCAUCGACCUGUGGGACUUAGGGUCAACAUCACCCACAUUGAACUGGCUCUGGACAUCCCUGUGACACAGGAAGUCCUGCAAGAACCAGAACCCAAUGUCGUCAAAGUGGCCUUCACGGUGCGCAAAGCCGGACGCUACGAGGUCGCUGUCAAGCUGGGUGGCCUCAAUGUGGCCUACAGCCCUUACUACAAGAUAUUUCAGCCAGGUACUGUUGUUCCAUCCAAAACCAAGAUAGCCUAUCACUUCUCCACGCUGGUGCUAACAAACUGCCAGCAGCACACUUUGCAGAUUGAGCCUAGGGACGAGUACGGAAACCCAACCAGUAACUCCACGUCUCUCACAGAUGAAGCCAACUACAGCGUCCAUGUGCACUCUCUGGGCACAGUGGAUGAUGACAGUAUGGAGGAGUACUACAGUAAGUCAGUUACUCUUAACAAGCAGCAGUGCCAGGUUCUGCUCAGGCUGACCGUGAGGAAGACCGGCUGUUUCAGGGCCCGCAUCUCCUACAAGGACCAGCCGCUCAGCAACGGGGAGUUUGACAUUAUUGUUCUCAGUGAGAAUGAGAAGGCCUGUGUGGAGAAGAAUGUGUCCACUCCAGGCAUCAGUAUCUACUUUGAGGCGUACCUUUACAACAGUGGGAAUUACAGCAGCUCCUCGUGGCAGUUACCAGCCUCCGCUCUGCUGGCUCCUCAGAGGAGGCCCUCGAUGGGAGAGGAGGAGGAUGAGCAUGAUUCCCCCGUGGAGGGACAACCUGAAAAGGUCAAGAAACCAAAAAAGGUCUACUGCUACAUAUCGCCAAAGCAAUUAUCCGUGAAGGAGUUCUACCUGAAAAUUAUUCCGUGGCGCCUUUUCACUUUUCGAGUUUGUCCAGGAACCAAGUUUACCUAUUAUGGUCCCGAUCCCAUUCAUAAGUACCUAACUCUGGUGGUGGAUGAUGGGAUACAGCCUCCUGUGGAGCUCAGCUGCAAAGACAGAAAUAUCAUGGCUGCCACCUUCAUUCGCUUCCUGCACAAAAACAUUGGUGGCUCGGAAACGUUCCAGGACAAAGUGAACUUCUUUCAACGUGAACUCAGGCACAUCCACUCCAAGAGACCUCGUACCAAGACCUGCCUCAAAAUAACCCGACACUCCAUCCUGGAUUCAUCCCUGAAGGCAACACGGAACUUCUCUGUGUCAGAUUGGAGCAAGAACUUUGAGGUCGUGUUUCAGGAUGAAGAAGCUUUGGACUGGGGAGGGCCUCGCAGGGAGUGGUUCGAGCUGAUUUGUAAGACCCUUUUUGACACUUCCAACCAGUUCUUCACCCGCUUCAGCGACAACAACCAGGGCCUUGUGCACCCUAACGCUGAGCGGCCGGCCUACCUGCGGCUAAAGAUGUAUGAGUUUGCAGGUCGUAUCGUGGGGAAGUGCCUGUAUGAGUCUGCUCUGGGCGGGGCCUACAAGCAGCUGGUUCGAGCUCGCUUUACUCGUUCCUUCUUGGCCCAGAUCAUUGGCCUCAGGAUGAACUAUAAGUACUUCGAGACAGAUGACCAGGAGUUCUACAAAACUAAAGUGUGCUUCAUCCUAAACAAUGACGUGAGUGAAAUGGACCUGGUGUUCGCUGAGGAGAAGUACAGCAAGUCAGGGCAGCUGGAGAAGGUGGUGGAGCUGAUAUCAGGCGGAGCUCAGAUAGCUGUUACCAAUGAAAACAAGAUGCAUUAUCUCAACCUGCUGGCCCAGUACAGACUGGCCAGCCAGGUGAGGGAUGAGGUGGAACACUUCCUGAAAGGUUUGAACGAGCUGGUUCCAGAAAAUCUGCUCGCCAUAUUUGAUGAGAACGAGCUGGAGCUGUUGAUGUGUGGCACUGGAGAUAUAAACGUGCAGGACUUCAAGGCCCACGCUGUGAUUGUAGGAGGGUCAUGGCACUUCAGAGAGAAAGUGAUGAAGUGGUUCUGGGCCGUGGUGUCCAGCUUCACCCAGGAGGAGUUAGCUCGCCUGCUGCAGUUCACCACCGGAUCCUCUCAGCUUCCCCCCGGGGGAUUCAACACUUUAUGUCCCUCAUUUCAAAUAAUCGCUGCCCCAACACAUAGCACCCUGCCCACUGCCCACACGUGUUUUAACCAGCUGUGCCUCCCUACCUACGACUCCUACGAGGAGCUGCACAAGAUGUUGAAGCUGGCCAUCAGUGAGGGCAGUGAGGGCUUUGGCAUGCUCUGACUAACCUCUCACUGGAAAGCACUGUGGGUCCACUUACAGAAGAGGAGACUGGCACUGCCCCCUCCAGUGCACCGGCUCCUUGCAUUAACCAGUAUUUAACAGAAUGCUCUUUGGCAGAAACUCACCCUGACUCCCUAUAAGUACUCUCUCAGGAGGAGAGGGCAUUACAGGAAGUCCCCCAGGAAGAGGUGCUAAACCUGGAACUCAAACAUAUGAACUCUAGUUGCUACUGUAUGUACAUAAAACACCUGGCUUUUGUAAAAAAAAAAAAGAAAAAAAAAAGGAAAACCGGAACGACUGAAAGGGUGAGGUUUAGGCUAGUUUUAUUUCUUAUUGCUAAAGUUAGCUUAGUUUUAUAUGUUUGAAAGAUGCUAAAGCAAAGGCCUUGAGUAUUACUGUAUAACUGCUUCUUUUGCAUUUUGCAAACUGCGGAACACUUAAGUGCAACAGCAGCCGACAUGACGUGGGCGAUGCUUGCAUUUUCAGCACUUUGGCCUUAAACGAUCAGGGACUGAUGUGUGUAUGUAAAUAUAUAUAAUACCACUCUUUUAUUUCAAUACUUGUACAUACCAGUGUGUAUACAUAAGUUUCAUUUUGUUUUGUUUUUGCUUUGAUGUUUAAGGAGAAGGGAUUUCUUUAUUAAUGCACGUUUGGGUUGAGAGUUUCAAUAAGCUUCUUAAGGUUUUUUUUUCCUGUCAGAAAUGAACGGGUUUUUAAAGGAGCCAAUUAAUUUCUAUUGUUUAUAUUUGUUUUUAAAUUAUUGUGUCUUGAAAAUAAUAUUUCUGUUCAACCAUACAGCGGGAAUUAUUUUUGCCAGGAGCGGAAAAUGUGUUUGUUAUGUUUUAUAACCUGCCUUAUUCUUACCCUUUGCCUCUGAUUGUAUCCAGAGAGGUGCGUAGUUGAGAGAAACAUUAAUAGGUAAUAGUUAUAUUCUGACAUUUCUAUAAAUACAUGCAGGAGUCACUGUGGAUGUGAGAGUUGGUUUGAUGUUUGGAAAACCCAUGUAUAACAAACAUUUUGUUAUAUGUGCUGAAUGAUUGUUCCUUCUACAUCCACAGCCUCUUAUGGGUUUACCUCAGAAUCUUCUAUGCUACCUUCACAACCUCGUACGCAGGUGUAUGUCCCAGCAAAUGCAUACAGUUUGUCUAUAGUUGCCUCCUUCCUGCCCUGACUAAACAACUUUUAGCCAUAUACUCCUACACCCUCAGUAAACUAAAAAGCAUUAUAUCAGUGGAGAUUAUUCCCUGUUUGUUUCCCUUUAUGUUGUUGUAAAAGUAUUUAUCUUUACUGCUGUUUAUGACUUAUUGCUUGUUUAAAACUGUGCAGCAAUUCCUCUUCUUUUCAAUUGUUUACAUGUCCAUUAGCCAUUUUGUAAUUGCGUGUGCUGCAAGUCAGCGUCUUCAAAAAGCAUUGAGGCAAAUUCACAUUUAGACUGAAGCAAAAAGGAAACAUUCAUCGAUUAUUCUCCUUCUGAGUAUUUCAUCUGAAUAUGUUCAUGUUCCCUUUAAGAGCACUCUGGAUCCUGGUUCACUUUGAACACACAAGUUUGGCUGAGCCACCAAGAGAUUCCACUUCUUUGUCUCGAACAGCAGAAGAUUUCAAACUUUUGACUGUAGUUUCUGCAGGUUUGGAUUUAUACGCGGUUCAGCAGAGCCAUAACAGUGUCUGCUUGGGAAUUGUGGAUGUAUUGCAGAUGCUUUAACUGCCCUGUUCCAGUGUUAAGAGGUUUAUAAGAUUUGUGUUUGUUUGGGUUGUGCAAUGUUGACCUUAAGUACUGAGGAGAAAAGUGAAAAUGUUAAGUGCUUAUGAAAAUGUUCCAUUAAGGUCGUGUUUUCAGCACCAAUACCAAUGGCUGAUUCCGUAUUUAUUAGAAGUAAAGUUUAAACAUUACGUGUGUUAGUUGUUCCACUAGAUUAAACCAUUAGAAUCAAAUAUGAAGGAGGUAUGUCCUGUAGUUUUAUGUUCUUGAUUGAUGUUUUGCAUUUUUCGAGCAUCUUCUCUGUUUUAUGCUUGGGUUGUUUCUGGAUUAGAUGGCCUGAGUGUGACUUUUAGCAAUGUAGAUAUUGUGAAAUAUUUGCCUAUGACUUUGAAGCUGGGGUAUUUUUUUCUGUUUUUUAAUGGCAAGCCUCUGCUGAUGAAUGUUUGAGAUUCUCUGCACUGCAGGCCCUUUGUUUAUGGGAAUAAAAAAUGAUGGACUACA